GUUUGCUAAUACCAUUUUAAAAAAAUGUCAACGAAUACUGUAAAAAUGCUUUAAUAGCGUAAUAUUGAUAUUGAAGUAUCAUGUUUUGAAGAUAAAUUACAAAUUUCACCAUCAAAAUAAAAUAAAGAAAAUUCAUAUCUAUCAAAAUCUAAAACUUGUGAUAUGAAUGAUCUUGUUAGAUUACUACAUAAGGUGGAUAUUCAAAGUACUUAAUAAGGAGGUAGUAUAAUUAUUUAAUCAAUAGACUAAAUUGAAUAGGAAUAAGAUAGUACUCCUAAGAAAUAAAUAUAAUAAGGAAAAACCUGUAGAUAUAUUCCUUUGAGAAGUGGAUAGAAGUAGAGUUUGAAUGAAGAAUUUCAAUAUCGAGAGAUUGAAGAAGAGAAUUAAGAGCCAUAAAAAGGUAGUGAUUACAAAGACUAGGGAAAUGUUACAUUGAAAGAUAUCUAUAAGAUGCAUGUGUUUGGAUAACCAUUAUAAAGUGAAUAGCUUUAAUGGGAAUCAAAAAAUUUAUUAUGUUUUGCUGACAAUACUCCUUCAAAACGAAAAAUAUUGUCAGACAUAAAUCCAGCUAUUUUGGAAACUUAUUAAAAUUUAAUGGAUUAUAGAGAACAAUACUAAAAUAGUUAAGAUUAUUAAUUCAGUUAAAGAAAGAUAAGUAAAGUACCAUUUAAAGUAUUGGAUGCUCCUUAAUUAUAAGAUGAUUUCUAUUUAAAUCUUAUAGAUUGGAGUUCUUAAAAUGUGUUAUCAGUUGCUCUAUCCUCAUGUGUUUAUUUAUGGUCAGCAUAUAAUAAUAGAGUAACUAAGUUUUGUGAUUUUGGUAAUAAUGAUAUGGUUUGUUCAUUGAUAUGGAAUCCAUAAGGAAAUCAAUUGGCUAUAGGAACUGGUUCAGGAGAAGUUCAUAUAUAUGAUUAAGAGAAAAUGAAAAGAAUAUAAAUAUUGGAAGGACAUUCUGCAAGAGUGGGAUCUUUGGCUUGGAGUGGAAAUGUAAAUUUAUUAUUUANUAAUAUUGAUAUAGAAGUAUCAUGUUUUGAAGAUAAAUUACAAAUUUCACCUUCAAAAUAAAAUAAAGAAAAUUCACAUCUAUCAAAAUCUAAAACAUGUGACAUGAGUGAUCUUGUUAGAUUACUACAUAAGGUGGAUAUUCAAAGUACUUAAUAGGGAGGUAGUAUAAUUAUUAAAUCUAUAGACUAAAUUGAAUAGGAAUAAGAUAGUACCCCUAAGAAAUAAAUGUAAUAAGGAAAAACCUGUAGGUAUAUUCCAUUGAGAAGUGGAUAGAAAUAGAGUUUGAAUGAAGAAUUUCAAUAUAGAGAGAUUGAAGAAGAGAAUUAAGAACCAUAAAAAGGUAGUGAUUACAAAGACUAGGGAAAUGUUACACUGAAAGAUAUCUAUAAGAUGCAUGUGUUCGGAUAACCAUUAUAAAGUGAAUAGCUUUAAUGGGAAUCAAAGAAUUUAUUGCAUUUUGCUGACAAUACUCCUUCAAAACGAAAAAUAUUGUCAGACAUAAAUCCAGCUAUUUUGGAAACUUAUUAAAACUUAAUAGAUUAUAGAGAACAAUACUAAAAUAGUUAAGAUUAUUAAUUCAGUUAAAGAAAGAUUAGUAAAGUACCAUUUAAAGUAUUGGAUGCUCCUUAAUUAUAAGAUGAUUUCUAUUUAAAUCUAAUAGAUUGGAGUUCUUAAAAUGUAUUAUCUGUUGCUUUAUCCUCAUGUGUUUAUUUGUGGUCAGCAUAUAACAAUAGAGUAACUAAGUUUUGUGAUUUUGGUAAUAAUGAUAUGGUUUGUUCAUUAAUAUGGAAUCCUUAAGGAAAUUAAUUGGCUAUAGGAACUGGUUCAGGAGAAGUGCAUAUAUAUGAUUAAGAGAAGAUGAAAAGAAUUUAAAUAUUGGAAGGACAUUCUGCAAGAGUUGGAUCUUUGGCUUGGAGUGCAAAUGUAAAUUAAUUAUAAUAAAUUAGACUUUAUGUUCAGGUUCUAAAGAUAGAUCUAUAAUUUUACAUGAUCCAAGAUAAAAAAGACAAACUGGAAAAUUUGAAGGUCAUAAAUAAGAAGUUUGUGGAUUAAAAUGGUCACCAGAUGAAUAUUAAUUGGCUUCAGGAGGAAAUGAUAAUAAAUUAUUUGUUUGGAGAAUGGGCUCAUAAAUACCAUUAGCUAAAUUUAAUUAACAUUAGGCUGCUGUAAAAGCUAUUGCUUGGUCUCCACAUAGACAUGGUUUAUUAUCAUCAGGUGGAGGAACUGCAGAUAGAACUAUUAGAUUUUUCAAUACUCUAACUACUCAAUAAUUAGAUUGGAUUGAUACUGGUUCAUAAGUUUGUAAUUUAAUGUUUAGUAAAAAUGUAAAUGAAUUUGUAUCAACUCAUGGAUAUAGUAUGAAUUAAAUAGUUUGUUGGAAAUAUCCUGCUUUAUAAAAAGUAUUUGAUAUUCAAAUUCUAGGUUACCACUUUAAUGGGUCAUACUUCUAGAGUCCUAUUUUUGGCAAUGUCACCAGAUGGAGAAACUAUAGUGACUGGAGCUGGAGAUGAGACUUUGAGAUUUUGGAAUGCUUUCCCAAGAAAAGAAUAAGCUUAACCAAUCAAUACUGUAUUACUACCUUAGAUGAUAAGAUGA